AUGGAAUCCUUGCCUUUUAACCAGCCAGAAGCUUGCAUUGUUACUGAUGAACAGUUCCUGUACGUAAAAGGUGGGAGGGACACCCACAGAACAUCAAGAUAUGAUUCAAGGGACAAGAAGUGGGAAGAACUUGCCUGUAUCAAUGAAGCAAGAUAUAAUUCUAUUGGUGCUGCUAUGAAUGGCAAGAUUUACAUUGCAGGAGGCAUAAAGACAAUCUGGGCUUAUGAUAUGCUCAGUUCCUGUGAAGUAUACAACCCUGCUACCAAUGAGUGGCAGCUGAUGCCUAGUCUCAAGGUACCUAGACUCAGUGCAAGCAUGGUGCAUUUUCAAGGGAGACUCUAUGUGCUGGGUGGGACUUCAGUUACUAAUGGUGGUUCUUACAUAAGAGGCUUGACUGUUGAAAUGUUUGAUUCAGAGAAGAAUGACUGGACAGAGGUAUCACAAAUACCAGUUGAAAGAUUUGAAAGUCAGGAAGAAAUGAAGAAAGAGAAGAGAUUUAAAGCUUGUUCUGCGAGUCUCAGCAAAAAAGUUAUAAACAAACUUAAGCCUCUGGACUAAGUGAUAACCAAACUGUCCUACUUCUACUUAAAUCUUGGUUUGUUAUUUGUUCCUGGUUUGAUCUGCAGCAGUAGUGAAUGUAGAUCCAGCUUGACAGAAACAUUUAAGUCACUGACUUAAAUUAUGUACUGAAUGAUGUAAAAAAUGUAGUCUCCAGGAACAGUGUACAUGUAGCUGGGGUGAUAAGCAUGGAAACUUUCUUGUAAAAUGCCUUUACUAGUGUUAAGUGCUUAAGAUGGCAUUUAUAGAUGUAGACCCAGUUUUUCAAAAGAUAGCUAGUGCCAUCUAGCACAUCCCAGUUUAUGAGGUAAAAGUAUUAGGGAAACCUAUAAUUCUGUUAUCUGCAUGUAUUGGAUAGAAAUUAUUGUAGUGUUAUCCACCCUUUGAACCACUGGGACCUGGUGUUUGGUGCUUGGCAACCUACUCCAGUAUCCUUACACAAUGUAAUUCCCUUGUUUUGCAUUGUGUAUCAGCUACUGCUCAUAACACUGUGAUGUGAAAGGUGGCAGUGAUUUUCACUGUUUGCCUUGUUAUAAAAGGUACCAAAGGCCCUUUUUUGUUGUCCAAGUGAGUUCAUAGUGAUUGUGAUAACUCUUCAAGGUGUUGGUGUUGAACCUUGCCCCAUUACUUUCCACAAAAUGAUCAUUUCACACCUAUAGUGUCCCUUUUUAGUCCAUUUGUAAUGAAACCAAAAUGAUGACUGUGAUCCCACUUUUUUUUUGUUGUUUUUAAUUGUUAUGGCUACAUGAGAAAAAAACUGGAUAGCCCAACUAGACCUCAUCAGUGGCUAACCCUGAUGAAAGGUAGUUUUGUCUAACUAAAGUAUUGGGCAAAUAAAUAAUUACCAAACCAUAGCUUGCCUUCAAUUUAGAGUAUUAUUCUAUAUUGCUGAUCCUGUUACCAAAGUCCAGCUGUCUCUUGCUGCAGUUUGCCCAAGUGGUCCUUGCAAGAAUUGUUCGGUUAUAUUCUAGGUUCCUGGUUCUAUCAACAGCCACCUGUUCAAGACACUACAUUGUGACUGAAAACUAUACCCUAUUAGGUGGCACAUACCCAUCAAAGCCAAAUAAGGAAGUCCUCCCCUGGCUGCCCUCACUUUAAAAAGGCAUCAUCACUGCCUCCAGGGGGAUACUCCUAGGAUUUCUUGCCCAGCGGGGUACUUCCUUAUAAGAAGCUAAUGGGGAUGUGCUGCUGGAUGGAGUCGCAUUUUCACGAUUGGAUUGACUAUAAUGGGGGUUGCAUUUCCAAUAGAGUUACUAGAAUGGGGUCGCACAUUUUCUGAUUUUUUGGGUAAGACAUUUCUUUAUAUUUACGGUUAGCAAACAUACCAGAAUGUUUGUCCUGUACGUGAAAAGUAAAGUGUUCUUCAUUCAAAUUAAAAAAAAUGGGUCAAUUCAUUUUAGGAUGAUCUAUUAAAAGGAUUGAUAAGGUCACGAUACAUAAAAUUUAAAUGGAUCGCGAAAAUUACAUAUUUGCCUACAAGUGACUAAUAUGGAGUCUAUAAUUGGUCACAGAACAGACUAUACUGAAGUAGGGGCUCCGAGGGGCCAGUGGCACACACCCAGCAAAAAUUAACCCAAGUACCCCCUCCUCCCCACCCCGAGAUUUCUUGGUGGGGGUGUACUGCCCGGUUCUCCAAAUUCCCACGUUUAAGUCAUUAUUACUUAGAUUAGGACGCCAACAAAAAGAUUUCUUUAAAUACUUUUCGAAUUUGCCCAUUACUCUCUCUUUCUUAUUCAUUCUGAAUCGUCAAAUACGUUCAUACUCUUCCUCGAAAACCAUACCCGAUCCAGGACCAAAAUGGGAUAAGUCUAUACCCGUUGUCAAACCAAAACGGCGAAAAAAAAACACACCAUUUGGGCCGGCACAUACCUGUAUGGGUUAUAUAAGAGAGUAUCUCCACCUCCCCCGGGCACAACCUUCUCGAGAGCGUUAGCGCGUUCUGGAAAAACUUUAUUUGCCUCCCUCUGCUGCUGGUUGCUCUCAAUCAUUUUCAUCAGAAAAGCGUGAAUUAACCAGGAAAAAGCUAAGUAAACUGGCUAGAGAACUGGGUGCCUAGGUGAGGAGGGUACGGGAUGUGCUGCUUUACAGGGUAAGGUUUUUGACAGUCUCUGUCCUAAACAUGCAUGGUAUAUAAUUUUGUGUGACUCUGUCACCAGGGUAUUGGUUGCACAAAUGAUUUAAUGAUUUGCAACAUGAAUUUUGUUGUGGGCGAUAAAGCUGUUUAUCAGGAUUAAAUACAAUUGACGGAAGUUCAGCGCUAAGCCCAUGUAUAUAUGCAAGCUGCAGGCAGGUGUAUGUCACUAUGCGAUUCUAGCCAGCUGACGCGUUAAAAGGAUUGUAAGCUUUUUCUUGUCCCAUCCCUCCCUCCCUGGGGGUAUCGCUCGGUGGUCUAGGCAAUAAAGACCCAGCAAGCCCCAAAGAGGGUUGUUGUGUAUUUAUGUACUCCAAGUAUACCAAAGUCUAUAAGGCCAUCCCCCCUUUUUUUUUUCGUUUAGAGUCGAAUGCGUUCCCUGAUAUUAGGUCGGUCGGUCGGAUUAAAAGAAAAAAACUAAAAAAAAAAAAUUCACCAGAAGUGCUUGGUGGCAUUUUUUAAUUAUGGAAAAAAAAAGAAACAAAAACAAAACAAAAAUAGAGGAUCAAAGGGCAAGUCCUGUUUUUGAAACAGUCGCCAGAUUUUUGUCUUGAUAUUAACUGGGUGAAAAUCAGAUAAUUUUUCCAUAUUUAUUUUGUUUUCCUUUCACAAAGAAAUGUGAAAUAUAAAAUGUUAAAUAUUAAAAUAUUUUAGACUUACUACAAGAAUAUCCAAUACACAGAAAUAAGUAUUUUUAUGCAAUAAUUUAUUAAAAGUAAAAAAGAACGCCCGUGGUAAAUGCUAAAAAUAAUUCAAAUAAAAAAGGAAGUGUUAUAGCUAAAGAAAAAGAAAGCAUUAACAACCAGCAAAGCGAAUUUACUAACACCAGCACUAGCAACAUGCAAAAGACAAAAAGAUAGGUCAAACAAAUAGUGAAACAAUUCUUACUGAGAUUAGACCAAUGUUAAGUUUCACACAAGUUUUUCUCAUUGCUUGCCAUUGUUAAGUCACUUUGUGAAAGAACUCGUUAUACUUGGACUGGUAACUGUAGAGUUUGGCAGUAAUAAAUAAUAUUAAAGUAAUAAUUAUUGGAUGAUGGAAAAGCUAAAGCAAAGAGUGAUAUAAUAAUGUAAACAAUUAUUUUUAUUCAACCCACCUUGAUUAGCCUUCUAAGCUAUUUGUGGGUGAUGUGCAUUUUUGUCUAAUUUGUAUCUAGGGUUUAGAAAUAAAUAAAGUUGUUGUUGUUGUUGUUGUUGUUGUUGUUGUAAUACUCAGCUGGAAUUUUCCAGCCAAAGAAAGAAAUUGUCAAUUGCCUCAGACAUCAGGAGCAGGUGGUGGUCAUAAUGAAGAUUUGAGUCCUAUGUAGCCUGCAUGGCAGGCGUUAAAAGGGGAAAGGGAAGGGGAAAUUUGGGCGUGCGAGAGUGCGUGAAGGAUAAAAAAAAGGAGGAAGGUUCCCUUCCUCCCCUCCUCCCUCGCGUGGUCUCGCGCCCUCAAUUCCCUUCCCCUUCCCUUUCUCACGCCUGCUAUGUAGGCUAAAUGCUAUGGAGAGGGGGGAACUCAACAAAUGUUUAUAAGGGGAGGCUCUGCCCCAAGGCCUGGGGGGCACUCCUCUAUAAAAGUGACGGGGGUAUGCUCAUCGCAAAAUUUUGAGAACACCCCUAGAAGGUACCAGAAUCUUGUUUUAUGGGUGUACCAAUUCAACAUCAACAAAUUAUAUAACUGGCACAAAUACAUUUUUCAGAUCGAUAUAGCCUGCGUAGCAUGGCGGUUUUGGUUGGGUGCCCUAAGAAAAAAGGCUGGGAGUAACCUUACUGCAGGGCCCUAAAAUGUACAGAGACAGCUCUGUCAGCAGUCAGUUUAGGUUUUAGCACCCUAAGCGCUACCAAUCUACAAAUUUAAACCCCUAAAAGGUACGACCAGCACCCCCGAUAAUUUUAUAGGAGAGUACCCCCCUCACCGGGCCCUGAAGUCCAACCCAUUACCCCUUUAUAUACCAUUUUUCCAAGAAAGGUACCCCUUUAGUGUAUGUCAUAUUGACAAAUGGUACCUCUUUCACAUACCUUGUUUAAAUGCACUGUAUUUUACACAGGAAUCAACAGACUUCAUAAAGCCAGAAAAUUCAUCUGUUAGCCCUUUCACAGACCCAAAUGACAGAUUUCCGUACCCUUUUAUAAUUCUUUAACUAGUGAAAUCCCUACCCUUUCAUAUACCUGAGGGUAGGCUCCAAAAAGAUACGUACCCCUUUCGGGUGGAGCCUCCGGCAUAGGCCAUCAUAGGGAGUUCCCAACCCCCCACCCCUUCUCCCCGGAAAUCGAAUCUCGGGGUGUGGAUCGCGUUUGUACAAAACCAAUCUUCGCCGUCUUGUCUCUUUGCAAAAGCGAGUUAUCAGAAUUAUUUCUAAAUCAACUUUCGAUUCUCAUUCAGACCCUAUUUUCAAAGAAUUAGAGCUACUAAAACUUUCCGAUAUUAGACAACUAGAAUUGGGUAAACUUAUGUUUUCUCUUAGCCAUUCUCUUUUGCAUUCAAAGUUCAACAAUUAUUUUUCUUUCAGAACAAACAAGUCCAUAGCUAUGCCACUAGACACGCGAACGAUUUUCACCUUCCCUUUUGUAGAACAAACCUUCGUAAAUUUUCUGUCAGUUUCCAAGGACCUACUUAUUAUAACUCUAUAGGAAAGGAUAUUAAAGAAUCUAAUUCUCACCACCUAAUCAAAACGAAAUUGAAAAAAAAAAUGUAUAUGAAUUAUUAGUUAUAAAUCUUGUAGUAAAUAGUUAUAUUUCUUCACAUGUCUGAUAUUAUUUUUAUACUUAUUGUUACAUGUACCAUACCUUAUAUUUUGUCAACUCAGUCUAUGUAAUUAGUUAAUUUAUACUUACCUUCAUUGUAUUUUACCUUCGAUCCUGGCCUUACUGUUACUGUUAACUUUAUUUUUACUCUGAGGGAGCCCAAUGUCUAUAAGCCUCAUGGUUUCUUUUUGGGCUUCCUCGCCACUUUCAUUUGCUUUUGUGUAACUGUCUUGUUUUAUCGUUAUUUGUAUUUUGUGGUAAAUCAAAUAAAGUUAAAGUUAAAGUUAAAGUUAAGUUAAAGCGUUGAAACAAUUGUUUUUCUUUCUUAUACAUUUUUUCUGCUUUGGCUUUUUUCCUUUUGCCCAAGUUACCCUUUAUUUUUACAGCUGACCCUCUACAGCUUCGGGAGGUUUUUGCGAAUAACGUAUUUCUAGUUUAUUAACGUAAAGGAGGGGGAAGUAUUUUCCGUUUCCAAGUAGACGGGAGAACGCGGUAACGUAUUCAAAUUCAAAGUUUUCAUUGAAAGAGGCCAGCUUGGCCAACUCUUGAUCAUGACCGGUUACCGGCCAUAUAGCCACAGCGACAGCAUAAAUUGAAAAUCACUCAAGAAUGCGGCUUUGAUUUUUACUGAUUUUCAAUAUCAAUAAAUUAAUUGCUAUUGAUUUUAUUGACUAUUAUAUCGAUGUUAUUGAUUAUUGAUUUUGAUCUGAUUGAAUGGUAGGCCUUAUGUAGUAACGUGGAUUCACAGUUCUACACACUUAGUGAGAUCUGGGUACGAGAUUACACACGUAGUGCAUGUAAUCAAAUGUUUACGGCGGACUGAUUAAGGCAGUUGUGAAAUUUUAGCUAAAAAGUCUUCAGGUUUCCAGUAGUUUAGAUUAACACGGAUGAAUUUAACGCUUAAAUUCUAGUUUGGGAAAAUGGGCGACAUCCAUACCUCUUAUUAGCCGAGUUUUCGGUCCGUACUGUAAAGUACGGACCAAAAAAACAAGGCUAAGAAGAUGUUUAUUAUAUGGCUUCUUCCUGUUUGGGGGACCGGAAACAAGAGAAGGACGCGCGAUUUUGACAGGCGUCAAAAAAGAAAGUUUUUAUUGGCGCACGAAAACAAUAGCACGUAACAAAGGCUUUCCGAGAAAGUAAAAACAAAUUCGCCAUGUUAUAAAAGUUUAUUCGAUCAAAACCAAGAGCACUGUGAGUUUAAGCUCUUUGAUGUAACGCUGGAGUAUUUUGAAAACCGGACACUGUGUCUGUCUAGAAGUCGUUUCCAUCUUUCCUCCGUUUGUCCUUGUGAAAAAACACUGCAAAAGGCAAAGAAGCUUUUCAAGGUAAGUUUGUUGUCAUUGUCGAAGGAUUCGCUCGUUAAUUGUUUUUGGGAAAACCUCUCUUUCUGCCAGUUCAUUCUCGUCUUCAAUUGUGAUCUGCGUUAAAAUUUUCAAACACUGACUAGAAUUCUCUUCCUCGGUAAGGUUACGAUUCAGUUUCUACAACAGCUUCGUUCUCAUUAAAACAAAGCUAGGUUAAAAUUUGGAAAGGCAAAGUCAACAUCCCAGUCCUCAGGGUUUACAUACAUAUUUCAAAGUUUAUUCGGUGGAAACUAAGAGCACUGUAAGUAUUCACUCGUUAAUGUGACGCUGGUGUCUUUUGAAAACUGGACAUUACUGCAUGUGUCUGGCUCGAGCUCACUUCUGUCUUUCUUUCGUUGGUCUUUGAAAAAACACCGCAAAUGGCAAAGAAGCUUGUCAAGAUGAUCGGGUGCAGGUAUGUUUGUUAUCAUAUUUGUUGAAGGAAUUACUCAUUUUCUCUUGGGCAAAACAUCUCGAAUCUUUGCCAGUCGAUUUUCGUCUUCUUAACUGUGUACGACGAUAAAAUUUUCAAACACUGACUAGAAUCCUCGUCGAUAAGAUUACGAGUUAGUUUCUUCAUCACCUUCGUUCACAAAUAAUCACAGUUGAAAAUGUUGAAGGCCAAAGUCAACAUCCAAGUCUUCAAGGUUGACAGGCGUCUUAUAACGUUAUUUAAAUCUUUUUUCGGAGGUAAAGAGAUUUAGAGCUCCGAAAGGAGCAUUUUCUUUAAAAAUUUUGGUCCAUAUAGCAAGUUACGGACCGCAAAUUGACCAAUUGCAUGGCGAAAACAGACUCAGCCAUAUAAUAUAAAUCGUAUUUUGUGGAUAGUGUCAGCGUGAGAUCUGGUAAUGAACUUUUCCCCAGUGCUUUCUCGGUAAGAGUUUUCCACGCAAUGUUUGAUGGGUAGGGACGUUCACUUCCGCAUCAUCCUUCGAAAUGGAGUCUUUGGCUGAGUCGAUGUCUGUAGAUCCUUCCAAACAUCGUCAAGAGCUUCUCGAGCGUCUGGAUAUCCUAAGGAACAACGACAGCUUUUGUGACGUGACGAUCGCAGUAAAGGACAAAGAGUUCAAAGCUCACAGAGCUGUUUUAGCGGCAGCUAGUCCGUUCUUUCUGACACUUCUGACAAGCGACAUGAAAGAGAGCAACGAACAACUGAUCAAAGUAGAGCUAGAAGAAGCCACUGAAACUGUCAUGGAAGACGCGCUAAAGUACCUUUACACUGGGAAUGUCACAGUCGUUGAAGAAAGAGCGCACAAUUUGAUUGCAACUGCAAAUUUUCUUCUUUUGCCAAGCCUAAAAACAAUGACGGGCAAUGUUUUGAAGGAGACUGUGUCAACAGAGAACUGUGUUUUCAAUUAUUAUUUUGCUGAUAAGUAUGAGUGUGUGGAGCUGAAGGAAAAAUGCCGUGAAGUGAUCAACACCAAUUUCAGUGUUGUCAUGGAAACAGAGGACUUUCUCAAACUUGAUCAGAAGCAAGUUAUGGAGUGGGUGUCUAAUGAUGAUGUCAUUGUAAAUGCCGAGGAGGACAUUUUCAAAGGAAUUGUAAAGUGGGUGUCUCACAACGUGAGUGGAAGGGAAGAAAAUUUACCUGAAUUAUUGCACCAAGUUCGCCUGCCAUUUGUGUCUCAUGACUUUCUUCUUACUGAGCUGGUAAAAGAGGAGCUGCUCACUAAAAACUCAGCAUUUUGUUCACAAUUUAUGAUACAUGUUAUUAAAUCAUUGCUGAGUUCUAAUGAUGGGGAAGCCUCUCACCAACCAAGGAAAUGCCAAGUGACACAUGUUGAGGGGAUUUUUCUCUGUGGAGGAAGAAAGACACUGUGCUACUUUCCACAGACAAAUAUGUGGCACAGGAUGGCAGACACACUGUUUGAACAUGACUUUUGCACUUUCACUCCAGCCCAGUACAAGCAUAAAGUUUACAUUUUUGAUGCAGGAUCACAUAAGGUGGAUGAAGCAAGGGCAAGGGUGAUGGAAUACUUAGAAGACAACAACACCUGGGCAGCAGCUAAAGGGGCUGCAGCUAGCAUUAACAUUACUCAUUGCACUGUUUUAAAUGGUGACUUAUAUGCAUUAAGUUUAGCAUAUAACAAAGGACAGAUCUACAGGUACAAUGUGGAAUGUAAUAAUUGGGAUGGAAUGGAAUUCUUGCCUUUUAACCAGCCAGAAGCUUGCAUUGUUACUGAUGAACAGUUCCUGUACGUAAUAGAUGGGAGGGACACCCACAGAACAUCAAGAUAUGAUUCAAGGGACAAGAAGUGGGAAGAACUUGCCUGUAUCAAUGAAGCAAGAUAUAAUUCUAUUGGUGCUGCUAUGAAUGGCAAGAUUUACAUUGCAGGAGGCAUAAAGGCAAUCUGGGCUUAUGAUAUGCUCAGUUCCUGUGAAGUAUACAACCCUGCUACCAAUGAGUGGCAGCUGAUGCCUAGUCUCAGGGUACCUAGACUCAGUGCAAGCAUGGUGCAUUUUCAAGGGAGACUCUAUCUGCUGGGUGGGACCUCAGUUACUAAUGGUGGUUCUUACAUAAGAGGCUUGACUGUUGAAAUGUUUGAUUCAGAGAAGAAUGACUGGACAGAGGUAUCACAAAUACCAGUUGAAAGAUUUGAAAGUCAAGAAGAAAUGAAGAAAGAGAAGAGAUUUAAAGCUUGUUCUGCGAGUCUCAGCAAAAACGUUAUAAACAAACUUAAGCCUCUGGACUAA